AUGCCACCAAGAACAACAACCCAUUUCACCACAUCUCUCUCACUUCUCCUUCCUAGUCGCCUCAGAUCAUUAACAACCGUUCCCGACUCAACCCGCUUGGCCGAUCUUCACUCAGCCCAUUCUUUCUGCUCCAAAGCCCUAAACUUCGCUGCCAAAAUGGGUUUUCUUUACGAAGGAAAACAAGUACAUUCACAUGUUAUAAAGUUGGGAUUUUGUAAUGUCUUGUCUUUGCAAAAUCAGAUUUUGAACGUUUACGUGAAAUGCAAGGAAUUUAAUUAUGCACAUAGAUUGUUUGAUGAAAUGCAUGUGAGAAACGUCGUCACUUGGAAUACUGUAAUUUGCGGGCUUAUUGAUUGUGGGGGUAGUGCUUAUGAGUCAGGUGUCCAUAUGGGUUUUUAUUAUUUUAGGAAAAUGUUGCUUGAUAAGGUAGGUUUUGAUGCUAUAACUGUUAACGGGUUGCUUCGUACAUGUAUUGAGUUAGAUGAUGUUAAGAUUGGUAGAGAAUUGCAUUGUUUUAUAGUGAAAUUGGGCUUUGAACUGAAUUGUUUUGUCAACAGUGCUCUGGUUGAUUUGUAUGGGAAAUGUGGAUUAGUCAAGGAAGCGAGGCGUGUUUUUGAUAAAGUAUACUGUAGAGAUUUGGUGUUAUGGAAUGUGAUGUUGUCUUGCUAUGCUCUGAAUUGCCUGGGUGAAGAGGCUCCCAGAUUCUUUAAGUUAAUGCAAGAGGAGAAUUUUACGGCAGAUGGUUUUACAUUUUCUAGUAUGCUCAAUUCAUGUGGGACUUCGGGAUCUUGUGACUUGGGAAGACAGAUGCACGGUCUUGCUAUCAAACUGUCUUUUGAUUUAGAUGUAUUGGUGGCUAGUGGACUGGUUGAUAUGUAUGCAAAGAAUGAAAAUAUAGAUGAUGCUCGCAAGGCUUUUGAUGGGAUGGCUGCUAGAAAUGUAGUCUCAUGGAAUACUAUGGUUGUGGGUUAUGGUCGCCUUGGAGAUGGGGAAGAAGCUAUGAAAAUUCUCAAAGGAAUGUUUCAAGAAGAUUUGGGACCUGACGAAAUUACUCUGGCUAGCAUUAUUAGCUCAUGCAGCAGUGCACUGGCCUGUUGGGAAAUUAUGCAAGUCCAUGCUUGUGUACUUAAAAAUGGUUUUCAUGCCUUUUUAUUGAUUGCAAACGCUUUGAUAAACGCAUACUCUAAGAGUGGUAGCAUUGCAACGGCACUUCAUUGUUUUAGCACAGUUCUGGAGCCUGAUCUUGUUACGUGGACUUCACUUAUUGGUGCAUAUGCAUUCCAUAGUCUUCCAAAACAUAGUAUUGAUGUUUUUGAGAAGAUGUUAUCUGAUGGUGUAUGGCCAGAUCGAAUUGUCUUUCUUGAAGUUCUUUCUGCCUGUAGCCAUGCAGGGCUGAUAGAUGAAGGGCUUCAUUACUUUAGUUUAAUGAAAGAUUAUCAUAUUUUGCCCGGUUUAGAGCACUAUACUUGUCUCAUUGACCUUCUUGGUCGAGCUGGUCUCUUGGACGAGGCUUUUAAUAUUUUGAAUUCAAUGCCAAUCGAGUGUAGUUCAGAUAUGCUGGGAGCCUUUAUCGGGGCAUGUAAAAUCCAUGGGGAUGUAAAAUUAGCUAAAUGGGCUGCAGAAAAGCUUUUGGAACUGGAGCCAAACAAGCCUGUAAAUUAUACUCUUAUGUCUAGCAUCUAUGCUUCUGAAGGUCACUGGUAUGACGUGGCAAGAAUACGCAAACUGAUGAGGGAUAGGUGUGAUCACAGGGUUCCAGGUUGUAGCUGGAUGGAAUAA